CUUAUCAUGUUCUGAAAAUAAACAUGAUGCAAUAAAAGCUACUAUAUAUUGUUAUAAACGGCGCAUACAAGACUUGGAUUUCAUUUAAAGUCGCAUUUGGUUGAGGAAAGCUGUACGGUUGGAGACAAUGGAAGACGAACAUGAUACGAACAAGAGGACGGUAUCUUGUCUGCCUGGUAUGCCGGCAUUGCCUCGUGAAACAGGAACAAGGAACAAGAAACCAGACUUGAUGAAUCAAUUAGUGAUUGCAAGAUUGCUGCACGCCUCUGUGGUACUUGUUCCAAGUUCGAAACUCAAUCUUUGUGCUAGAAGAGCUAGUAUUAAUUUGGAUCUGAAGAGGCGGUCGAAAAACAGUCGGGAUCGAUUUCUUGUUACAUACUUGCAGAUUCCAGAGCACUUCCCUGCUUUGUCGAUCCGGCUAUCGGAAGCGCUCGAUGGUAUUGGAGCCGGGAAAUUUACCGUAAUGGAGAGGAGAGAAACAUACUUGCUGAGGGAAAACAUUGCGACGAUUACACGGCAAUUAAGGGGAUUUAAAAUGGAGUGUUUUCAUUUUGGGAGUCAAUCAGAAGGUACCACUACUCCUGGUCUCAAUUCUGAUAUCGAUGUUCUACAAAGUUAUUACCAUACAAACAUCAUGACAGACUGGAGAGACUGGAAGGCUGGGAUGCGUAACCUUCUGAUGCUUCAUGACGACCACAAUCCGCCGCAACAGUACUUGCUUCAGGUCAUCAGGCGAGACACACCGGAGCCGGAGACACGACUGUGUGAUGAAAUGUAUGUGCGGAAAGAUUCUGGGCAAGUACUGUUUAGCUCAGAACAAUGGAAAAAGGAAACAGAGCAGAUAAAUAAAGAUGCAGGAGAGAUAACCAAACAUGGACCUUCGGUGAGUUAUAUACCCAACUGGGAUAUAGUAAACGCAUUUCACGUUUGCCACCCACUUCCUGAAAUACAACACUGGAUAGACAGAUGCAGAGGUAGAGACUGGCCGCCUGCCCAAAUACUUGAGGCUGCACAAGUAGCUCCGUGUUUCCUGGUACCAGCCGGUCAUCCUGAUAGCGAUUACACUCGCGAAGAAUGGCGACUGUCUCCGAACCUUAUAGAACGAAUGUUGAUGUUUAGUUUUAGUAUGACACAAAUUAAAUGUUAUAUUGUUUUAAAAUUAAUUAAACACUCCUUAUUUAGUAAAAUGGUGGGUGAUUUUACCACAAGUUUUCAUUGUAAAACUGUAAUGUUUUACAUCAUAGAGAGAACACACCCGUCCCUGUGGAAGGAACAUAAUCUUAUAUUCUUACUUUUACUAUGUUUAAAAGUAUUAAGAAAGUGGCUGCGAUUUAGAAAAUUCCCUCAUUAUAUCAUUGAAGGAGUGAACUUGUUCGAUGGGAAAAUGUCUUUUGCGCAGCAGAGUCGCCUUUUAAAGUAUGUGGAAUAUUUGAUGAAGAGCGACAUGCACGAUUUAUUUGAUAUAGAUAUAGAUAAAUUAGGAUAUCGAUUACAAGGGUGUGGUAUACGGCACACUGGACAAGCUGGGGAAGUGCUAGGACGUGUAUGCAUACAUAACAUUAUCAGUUUAUCACUAACGUUUGACCGCUUGAGGAGAUUUCUUAUUCACUUAAGAUCAAUAACAUCUAAGAAAGAACAUCCGAAAACAAUCUUCGAGCAAGAUAAUGACUGUAUAUUACGCACUUGUUUUGAAUAUUACACGAAGGCUAAAUUAAAAUCCGCUGCUUUAGAAUUGAUUAACCACCUGUUCGCAUUAAACAAUUCGAUGCAAUCAUCUAAAUAUUUGCGACUACGAAACCAUGCUUUCAGCAAAAAUAUAAGGCGUUUCAAAUAUUCUUUAAACACGGAUGUAGCUUCUAGUCGCUUAAAGUUGGCGUCUGUGCUUUACUGUUUCGGGCAUCUUCACGCUGCAGUUAGAGUGUUGGAUGACGUGGAGAGGAGGUAUCAUAGCAAGGUAAAGGCUGUGUGUGGAUGUAGAGAAAUAGAAGGACAAAGUGAUCUCCAGGUGUUUGCUAACAUGAUAUCAGAUAAUUGUGACAACGUAUUAUGUGAACGACCAUUCGCAUUCUGUGUCAAGUUUGUUAGAGAAGAAGCGUACUGCGCUCCAUACAUACUGCGGUUUGAAAUGAAGCGCAACAUGACCGAAGAAGAAGUUUCGCAGAGAAAUUUCGUUGAUAAAGAAUGGAUGGAUUACGCUGAGGUAGACGCUCUUCCUUUCCUUCACUAUCUACAGUAUCUUACGUAUGGAGGACUCGGUAAACGCGACAAACAGCUACAUGCGCUUGGAAUUCUCGAAUCUUAUUUAUGUGAUCGAAGAAAUGGAAUCAACAUAUACCACAAUGAGACAGCGCUCAAUUUGCUUGGACACUGCUAUGAAAUGGAAGGAGACUAUGAAGGGGCAUUACAUUACUAUUGGGAGUCGUUGAGUUGGAACCGAACGAACAAUGCUGCUAACUGGCACAUACAGCGUGUGCGUCGUCUGAUAAGUACUUAACAAUGAAAAUGACAUUUUGUGAAAAUACAAAAUACCUUAGAAAAUAAUUUAUUGAGAUAGCCACGGUGUUGUCAGCGUAUUCUCUUAGUUUAAUUUUUUUAAUUUUAUGUACUAUUAAACAUCACAUUUUCCCAGAACAUACUAAGUGCACGGAUAUUGUAAAAUAUUAAAAUCGUACACUUUAUUCUAUUACGUUUGCAUUAGUAUGGAAAACGAUCGUUCCGUGAUAUUGCAAUAGAUACUUCUAAUUAAGUGUAGAUUUACUUUUUGUAGCUAGUUUAAGAAAACCUGUACCAAUAGAUUAUGUGUUUUCAUGCCAAGAAAUAAAUCAUAUCUGGGACUCUGUUUAUUAGCUCAAUAUUUUCGGUCUUAAAAAACAAGUCAAACAACACGAUUAACAUCAAAACACGAUACAUUUGAACAUAAAAAAUAACGUCUGUCAUGCACAUAAACACAUGACGUUAAUGUUCUGCGCGUGACAGCUUUAUCCCGAAAGUGCCGAAAUUAAGCUCAUUUUACUCAUUGUGUGUUUUCUUUCGAUAAUUGUAUUAAUUAAAUGAUGAAAUAAAACAUAAA